AAAGAGGGGCUGAAGAGGUGGGGGAGGGAAACGAGGCGAGGAGGACCCGGAUUCGCCAGAGACCUGUGUCCGUGUGCGUCCAUGGAUUGCCCUUCUCCUGCCUCUGUUUUCUGUGUGUUGGCAGAUCUGCACGUUUGUUGUUCCCAGUACUCUGCGAGGAUAGAAAAGGAGGAGGAACUUGCCCAGAAUCCUAGUAGAAGAAGGAAGGAAAAUCUCGACAUGGAAAAACUCUACAGUGAAAAUGAAGGAAAGCCUGAAAACCAAGGAAAGAUGGAAAACAAAGAACAGUUCCAGGAAGAGGGAAAGCCAGAAGUUGCUUGUACUUUGGAAGACAAGAAAAAGUUAGAAAAUGAGGAAAAGACAAAAGAUCAGGAAAUACUAAAGGAUAAGGAAAAGCCAGAGAACGAGGGAGAAUCAGAGAAUGAGGGAAAGCCAGAGAAUGAGGAAAAGCCCAAGAACGAGGGAAAGACAGAGAAAGGGGGAAAGUCAAAAGAAGGAAAUCCAGAGAGCAAAACAAGGGCUGCAAGAAAGCGCCCCACUGAGGAUGAUGUACCCAGAAAAGCAAAAAGAAAAACCAACAAAGGACUGGCUGAAUACCUAAAGGAGUAUAAGGAGGCCAUACACGAUAUGCAUUUGAGCAAUGAAGAGGUAAGAGAAUUUGAUGAGAUGGCCAGGGUGGAGGAUGAGGUGAACAAAACCAAACAGAAACUGGCAGGGUUUAUAUGGAUGCAAAAAUGUUUACAGAACCCCUUCCACCCUAGAGGCCCAAGGGAUCUCAGGGGUGGCUGUAGGGCCCCACAAAGGGGCUUUGAAGACAUUCCUUAUGUGUAGUGCCUUUGGGCUUCACUUAUGUUUUGACUGAUUAGAACAUUGCCAACUCUGCUUUCUUAUUCCUUGCAUUUCCACAAAGCUAGGUUCUGUGCUUUAACCUUAUGCGGAUACUUUGUUUUUGGUGUCCUUCCCGUUACCAGCCUUUUGACCCAACUGCAGUGCUUUGUGUCUCAGUAGAAGAUUUUCACCCAUGUGCAUUGCAAAGAUGUUCGUGAUUGUUUGGAAAAUAAAGCCGCUUAUAAUA